AUGACAGGAAAGAAGAGGCAGCUCACGUCGCGAGAGGUAUUUGGCAAGAACAUUAAGCGCGCUCGCCUACUGAGAGACCUCUCCCAAGAAGCCGUCGCGCUUGAAGCCGGGAUGACCGGCAACUAUGUAGGAGAUGUCGAGCGAGGGGUUCGAAACAUCGCUAUCGACAACAUGGCACGACUGGCCUCGGCACUUAAAGUGCCAUUGCACGAGCUUCUCAACCCAGAGCGCUUCCGCGACCCGAUCGAUGAGGCCUUUUAG